CCCCAACAUGGCAGCCUCCCGUCAUGCCCCGCGGCGCUGCCUGGCGACCGUGACGGGGCGGGGCGGGUGGUGGCGCUGAGGAUGCGGCGGCGGCGGCGGGAGGAGACGGCGGAGCACCGAGGAGCGAUGCUGUGCCGCCCGGCGGGGCCGUGUCCACGCGGCGGGGGCGCCCUCGCCACCCUCCUGCUCACAGCUUUUUUGUUAAGCUCUGCUGAUGGCAAUAAUGGAACAGUUAACUGGACGACUAAGCGAGCCCACAGUUAUAUUAUCAGCAGAAAAAAGGCUGUUGAGAAGAAUGUGUACACGAUUCUGUCUAAGGUGCACUCUGAUCGGAAUGUAUACCCUUCUGCUGGAGUUCUUUUUGUUCAUGUUUUGGAGAGAGAGUACUUUAAGGGGGAGUUUCCUCCUUACCCAAAGCCUGGUGAAAUAAGUAAUGAUCCUAUAACAUUUAAUACCAAUUUAAUGGGUUACCCUGACAGACCUGGAUGGCUACGCUACAUACAAAGGACUCCAUACAGUGAUGGAGUGUUGUAUGGCUCACCAACUGUAGAGAAUGUGGGCAAGCCAACCAUCAUUGAGAUCACUGCAUAUAACAGGCGUACCUUUGAGACAGCAAGACAUAAUUUGGUCAUUAAUAUCAUGUCAGCAGAAGAUUUUCCUUUACCGUAUCAAGCGGAGUUCUUCAUAAGGAAUAUGAACGUAGAAGAAAUGUUAGCAAGUGAAGUUCUUGGUGACUUUCUUGGAGCAGUGAAAAAUGUGUGGCAGCCAGAACGCUUGAACGCUAUAAACAUUACUUCGGCCCUUGACAGGGGCGGGCGAGUUCCACUUCCUAUUAAUGACAUGAAAGAGGGUGUCUAUGUUAUGGUUGGGGCAGAUGUUCCAUUCUCUUCAUGUUUACGAGAAGUGGAAAACCCACAAAAUCAGCUGAGAUGCAGUCAAGAAAUGGAGCCUGUAAUAACCUGCGAUAAAAAAUUUCGUACUCAAUUCCAUAUUGACUGGUGUAAAAUCUCUCUGGUUGACAAUACAAAACAAGUUUCCACCUUUCAGGAAGUGAUUCGUGGAGAGGGGAUCUUACCUGAUGGUGGAGAAUACAAGCCACCUUCUGAUACGCUGAAAAGCAGAGACUAUUACUCGGAUUUCCUAAUUACACUGGCCGUGCCCUCGGCAAUAGCACUGGUGCUUUUUCUAAUACUUGCCUAUAUCAUGUGCUGCCGACGGGAAGGAGUGGAAAAGAGAAACAUGCAAACACCAGACAUCCAGCUGGUCCACCACAGUGCCAUACAGAAAUCAACCAAAGAGCUGCGUGACAUGUCUAAAAAUAGAGAGAUAGCGUGGCCUCUUUCAACGCUUCCCGUGUUUCACCCUGUUACUGGUGAGAUUGUGCCACCCCUUCACACAGACAGCUACGACAACACCAGCAUGCCGCUGAUGCAAACGCAGCAGAACCUGCCACAUCAGACUCAGAUCCCACAGCAGCAGAGUGCAGGAGAAUUUCGUAUGACAACAUUUCAAAGAUUUGAGGUAAAUGGUAUCCCUGAGGAAAGAAAACUAACAGAAGCAAUGAAUUUGUAAUCAAAGAAAGCAGCCAAUUGUCUUAUUUCUGGAUUUAUUCCGAUCUACGCAUGGGUUUUUCUGGUGUAUGUUGUGCAUGCCCACAGUCCUACGGUGAUUUCAGUGCCAGAGAAUCACACCCACGUAACUCAUGUACCGUAGCCUUUUGUACUUCGAACAUUUUUGAGAAUUUGUAAACACUGAUAACUUUUUAUAUUUGUUACAUUCAGAAAAUAAUCUUUCAAAUAUAUGUAUUAAUAAAUAGCAAACUUUAUUCCAUCUUGGGAUCUGAAAGUUUUAACAGGGAAAUCAAAACUUCAAAAUGAGCACUAGGUUUAAAGGCUUCUGCUCACUGGGCUGGUACCACUGCCUCGCCUUUGCACAUGAAAAGCAGUAUUGUAUAGGCAUGAAAACUCGUGCAAGAGGAUGAGGCUCAGAAAUUCCAGAUUUAUUAGGCAUUAAUUUUGUAGAGAUUAUAAAAAUAUAAUGAGCAAGUUUAUUUUUGAAAAAAACAAAACCACAAAAGCCUGAAACUAUUCCUGUUGAAAAUGGGUCUUCUGUUCUUUUAUCAGAUAUUUAACCUAUUUGACAGCUUGUAAGCAAUAAAACAUUUAAAAUCUAUCCAUUCAUUCAGCUGGUUAUAUUAGAAGAAACUGUUACAAACUAUUGGAGGCAGAAAGGACUGUCUGCAAGUAAGCAGGCAUAAAUUUUGUUAUGGUCCACAUGGACUGACUUUGAACUCCUUAAAAAUACGCUUUAAAUUUUUAUUUUGUGAUAUUCCUGAUGCCCUGAUAGAGUUUGUUUUUUAUAUCCUCCACAUUCUUUGUUCUAGUUGGAGCAAAAAAAGUUGUGGGAGAACUAUAAUAAACUAAGGAUUAUUUUUUAGCAUCUUAAAGAGGAGUUGAUGAAAUACCUGCCUUUCCAGGAGGGGGCUGCUUGGAGGCAUUUGUGCAGCCGAAAGCUUAAUAAUAUGGACUUUUUAAAAGGAACUGCAUCGAGGUUUCCUUAAUUUUCAAUAAGCGAGAAUUUAUCUCCUGAUGUCAUUUUGCAUAUUUUAAAUGAAUUUUUCUGGUGCUUCUUUAAACCCUCAAGUACAGUGUAACAGGUGAUUCCGGGGUCUCCAGCUGGGUCAGCUCACACCAACAGUUCUUGGGAUUUUAUCUCAAAGACUGCUGGAAGCUGACACAUAGGCUUUGUCUUUUUUCUGUACUAUUUUCUCUUCCCAAAGCUGGAUGUUCACCGGGGCAUCGCGAGAAACCUGAGCCUGCUUUAAAAUUGCUAAAUGCACAUUUUC